AUGGAACUUCAGUUGGUGAACCAACAUUUCGAUCGUCUGGACAGAAGCGGUGAUCGGUUGGCCACGUCGGACGAAAGGCCUAGUCACAACGUCGAGAUGGCUCCAUCUUCUUUGUACUUGGACGUACCACGAGAGUAUCAGACGAAGACGAAGUCGACGAACAGCGACGGUAGGUCGUGGAGGUGGAACACGGGGUUUCGACUGCCGCGACCGCGGACGACGACUACACGAGACGAGGAGAAGCAGGCUGUGAUGGAGGUGGAGGUUGGGACGUCUGCAGUGCAGUCUGCGAUCACUCGACUCUGUCCGGCACCCGGUUGUCAGCUAUAUCUCUGUGAGGAUCAGCAAGCGAUUGCCGUCAACGGUAUGAUCGCGCGAGCGACUACUCCACCAGCGCUCGAUGACGAAAGCCCUGCUCGGAUUACGGAACGACUGACUGGCGGGCGAACGGCACGGUUUACUCGGUCGGUCGGUUGGUCGGUCGGUUGGUCGGUCGGUCUGUCAGUCGAUGUGGGACAACGAGGCUUAUUGGCCCAAGCGUCCUCGUGUACCACCAACACCACCAUAUGCACCGCUGCCUCUGCCUCUGCCGCUGCCGCUGCCGCCGUCGCCGUCUCCAUCGCCAUCGCCAUCGCUCGAACUCCUGACGCCGGGCGGGCGGGCGGGCGGGCGGACGGUCCGACCGCAAGUUCACCCCUACUUUGCGGCCGUUUCUCAGGGGGCAUCCAGCCGAACGCGUCUAGAUUACGGCUGCCGACGGAUGCUCGUUGGCCCCUGUCCGCCGCGUCGUCUUCUGUCGUCCCAUCGUUCGUCCGUUCGUUCAGAGACGUGGAAGGUUUCGACCGUUCGAUCGCCGGCAAGCCUCCCUAUCACCGGCUCCAAUCUUCGUGUACUGAGAGUUGCCCAGAUAUCUUUCCGCGGCUCGUCGGCGAUCGUUUUUUCGCUAUCCUGUUUUCGUUCCGCAUUUUUUUACCUGCCGUCCGCAGCGGUGAACGUCAAUCAUACCAUGCCAUCAGUAUUAUAUGUACUCAAGAUACAAACGGCGCAGCGACGUCCACGCGUAUCGUCCUUCCAUCAGCUCCAUCGGUCCGACGGCUGCCAAAACGUCGCAUCAAACUACGGUCCUCGUAG